AUGCAUCGAGCAUGUCGACACAUCUUGCUCUUCGUGGCUCUGCUGCUGCUGGAUGUCAGCAAAUGGACGGACCAGAUCGUUCCUGGUGGGGAUCGGACGGACGGGAAGCCAUCUAGGGGAGUGCUGCUGUGUGCAGCAGGCAUCAUCGCUAAGAGCGACCUCACUAUGUGUGUGGCUGAUGGGGGGGUUGCUGCUGGAACAGUGCCUGGGGGAGGUUGGGGAGGAGGGGAGCAGCAGCAGCCGAGUUACAUACCAGACGGGGCCAAGUCGGUCAAGUGCAGGAAGAAGAUUGUGCUGUCCCUUGCUGUCUCCAACGGUCAUACGCUUGGGACAGAGGCAAUAGAAGCAGUGCUGACUCGAGUCAGUGACAGCACAGGCGGCGCUGCUGGUGGAAGGAAUGGAGACAGCAGCAAGGGAGAAAACACCACCAAGGGCAGGGACGGCGGAGGAGGGGGAGAGAGCAGCAGCAUGAGAGCGAACGGCGGAGGAGGGAAUGGCACUGUGGCAGGAGGAGGGGAGGGAGUGGAGAGGCGGUUGGCAGACCCUGUGAAGAUCACGGUGGUGAAGACACCGGUAUAUGCCGUGUACCCUCUCACGUUCCUGCAGUCCUUCAAUGGCCGGCCAUACGAGGUGGUGGUGACUACAACGGGGUGCAGGGACGGUGCAUAUGACAGCGACCCCACGUGCGGCUGGUUCCUCUACCCAGAUGGCACAAGAGUGCCCAACAGCCAGGGGUUCUGCUGCAGUUGCAGUGGUGGUGACACGUGGAAAGACUCCAUUGGUCUGGACAAUCCGCAACAGUUCAGGGCUGACCUGGACUGUAGCCUGUGGCGGCAGAAGCUGUUUUUUGGAGGAGUGCCCUCGAGUUCUCACUGCCUUCGGUUCAAUGACACCUGGUACCCCACGUACCGCAUAGGCGUGGCGUCUCUGGUGUUCCAGAUCCAGAUCACCAUCAGCAAGCUGUUCUCUGACUCGCACGAGCAGGAAACGCUCAUCCUCUCGCCCAUGGCCCCAGUCGCAGUCAACCCCUCUCAAUCGCUCUCAGCCACUCUGGUGGGGGACUUCCUGACCUACACGCAGCUGCCGAACCUGAGUGAUCGCCUUCUGUCCGUGCCCCUUCAGCCAGGAUCUCCCACGUUUGGCCGAUUCACCUCCGACACGUCAGGCUGGCUGCUAGUGGACAAGGAGCGCUACUCGCUGGACGGCAGCGAGUGCAACAAGGUGGGCACCAGCUUCAGCGCCUUCCGCUUUGAGCCCGAGCGCUGCCAGCGCUCUGUGGGCUCCUGCCUCUCCAAUCAGCUGCUGGAUUUCGCCCAGGAGGACGCCCAGCGAGUGGCGCAGGGCCUUGACCCCAUCCACGCGCUGUCGUCACUGGGACCCAUCACCACCCUGGAAAGCCCAAACGGCUCCCUCAGCAUUGCCCUGGUGCCAAACGGCUCUCUGAGCAUUGCCCUGGUGGUGACUCAGCGACUCAACUCCCUCAUCACUCUCGAGAUUGCUGCUGAUGACGUCACCUUCAUCAAGAACAGGAGCCCCGGUCGCAUAGUGUCUGUGGCGGCGCCUCUGUUUGAAGCCAUGUCCAGCGAGGGGCGGGUGGACAUCAAGGUUACCAACAACGGCUCUCUGGAUGCGGAUUUCACCCUCACGGCACAGGAGCGCAGCAUAGCAGCAGGAGCAACAACCAGCUUCACCUUUCUGCUGCAACUCCAAGAUUCCCUUGCCUCGCAACGCUCCUGCCUUGUGGUCCUAUAUGAUGCCAUCUCAUCGGUCGCUGACGUGGCGCCCCUCGCAUUCACCACCAAUGCCACGGUGGACAACCGGGGAGCGCAGAGUGGGCAGUCGGAUGGCAAGGCCAUCCAGAACACAACACUCUUCUCCCCACGCCCUGGCUCGUCGUCCUCCUCCUCUUCCUCGUCGCGUUCAAGUGACAAUUCAUGCAGCUUCUCCUGCCCGUCAUUCUUCGGCAUGGCCUGCUUCGUCACGCAUGCCUGCUGGGGUCGUUUCGCCGGAGCCAUAGCAGUCAUGCUCAUCAUCCUCGCAGGUAUGCUUGUGCAAGCUGGAGCCUGCCUUCCUCAUUUGUAG